GUGACAAUAACAAACUUACUCAAAAUCGAAAUCAAUACUCGACACAACUUUCCUUCUAAUCUUUUGACGAAAAACUCUGAAAUGUUCAAUCACUUGACACGAAAUCUAAGCCGGUUUUUAAUUUCGACAGGUCCUAAUUUGCAUCAACAUUCACAAAAAUUGAGAUUUAUCUCGAAUAUGAGUCGUCCAAGUGUUUAUAUCACACGACCUGAUGUCGCCCAGCAAGGAAUCCAGUUGCUAAAAGAUGAAUGUGACGUCACAAUGUGGAAUCAAGCCUCUCCGGUGCCUCGAAAUGAGCUCCUGAAGAAUGUCGUGGGCAAGGAUGCCAUUUACUGCACGCUCUGUGAUAAAAUUGACGCCGAAGUGCUCGACGCUGCCGGACCAAAUCUCAAAGUUGUUGGCACAAUCAGCGUUGGUUACGAUCACAUCGAUGUCGAAGAGUGCAGAAAACGCGGAGUUCGUAUCGGAUACACGCCAGAUGUGCUCACGGAUGCCACAGCAGAGCUAACUGUCGCUUUGCUGCUUGCCACAGCUCGUCGACUCUUCGAAGCGAACAAAGAUGUCUUCAAUGGCGGAUGGAAAUCAUGGUCGCCCAACUACAUGUGCGGUUUGGGAUUGAAAAAUUCGACCGUUGGCAUCGUGGGGUUCGGUCGAAUCGGAUUCGAAGUCGCCAAACGCCUCGUUCCGUUCAAACCAAAGCAAAUUUUGUACUUUAAUCGGUCCGAAAAGCCAGAAUUUGCUGCGGAGACAGGCGCUGUGCGGGUUUCUUCCAACGAUUUACUCGCAAAUAGUGAUUUUGUGAUCUGCACAAUUUCAUUGACCCCGGAAACGGUUCAUCUUUUUGACUCGGUAGCCUUUUCCAAGAUGAAAUCGAAUGCGAUCUUCAUUAAUACCAGCAGAGGAGGCGUCGUGGAUCAAGAAGCCUUGUACAAUGCACUUUAUAAUAAGGAAAUUUAUGCUGCUGGAUUGGAUGUCACGACACCGGAACCAUUGCCACUCGAUUCUCCUCUUUUAACUUUACCGAAUUGUGUGAUUUUGCCGCAUGUGGGAUCGGCAGAGUAUGAUACUCGCAUUGAAAUGUCCCGAAUAACGGCUUGUAAUAUUUUGGCAGGCAUCAAAGGCAUUCGGAUGGUCGAUGAAUUAGAAUAAAAUGUUAAGUUAUUGUUGAUUUUUGUUAAAAUAAUUUUUUUUUAAAUAAAUAUUUUCCUUAUUUUCGUAAAAAAAAAGUUAUUUUAUUUUAAUUAAAAAUAUUUUAAUAAAAAAAUAAUUAUUUUUAAUAUUUUAUUAUUAUUUUUAAUUUAUUUUUAUAAUAAAAUAUUAAAAAUAAUUAUUUUUUUUAUUAAAAUAUUUUUAAUUAAAAUAAAAUUUUCU